UAAGUAGGAAAGAGGUGUCGCGACACUCAGAUUUGACAGCACGCGCUCAGGUACCCCUGACAUCAAACAAACGAGUGUUGGUUCUCCUCUUCCGCAAUAGGGCUGCAAUAGGGAUUGAUUCAUCUGCUUCUUUCGUUUUGCAGACAAUUUUUCACAGAGACGUGGGAAGUCGUAAGGGGUUUUCCUAUUUUAAAAAGAUAUAAAGGCAAUAUUGAGGUGACAGCGCCAGCGACAGGACAAAACAUUUUUGCCUCACAGAAACAGCUACAGAAUCUGCGGCGAACUGCAAUUUUCAAUGUUAGGUGUUCUAUACACAGUGUCAGUGACAGUGUUAGCAGCAGUGGGACAGUGGUUAUUUCUACCUGACUGGAACAAUCAGCAUUAACAAUUAUGGCAGUGCCAUUGAAUUUCACUGCACAGUGUUAAGAGACAAUUACCCAUAAAACGCUGGUGACAAAAUAUGUAUGAUUACGACCUGUACUUCAUAAAAGGAGGCUUCUCGCCAAGCGCAUGCGCAGUUCCAAUGGAGACCCAAGCAGACGAGCACGAUCUUUUCAUUGACACUCUUCUCCAGCUCACGGACACAUCUCGCCGCGAAGAGACCUGUCCGUCACGUGAAGGAAUAUUUGAAACGCAGGCUUCAUGCGAUCUAUCAGGUGAAUCUUCUGUCGGCAGUCCCCUGUCCCAGGGACCCUCCACAGACUGCGCACUGGCUGACUUGAGCGACAUCGACGACAUUGAUCAAAUCAUCCAAGAGAAACUACAGGAGGAAAGUAAAGAUGAAAAGAUUCCGUGCGAAUCCAAAGCUGUGACGUCACCUCCAGACAUUCAGGCCAAUGGGAGAAAGGGAGAAACGACGGGUCAAAUACAGCUAUGGCAGUUUUUACUGGAGAUGCUAGGAGAUCCUUCGAACCGUCACUUUAUUGCUUGGACCAGCUCCGAGGGAGAGUUCAAAAUGGUCGACCCGGACGAGGUGGCAAGGCGGUGGGGGUUAAGGAAGAAGAAACCCAACAUGAACUAUGACAAGCUUAGUCGAGCACUCAGGUACUACUACGACAAGCUGAUCAUGAACAAGGUGCACGGCAAAAGAUAUACCUACAAGUUCAAUUUUGAAACUAUCCUCAAACCAAAAGUGAAAGCAGAUCCAGAAGCAAUCUCAUUCAUUUAUUCAUGCUGCCUUGGGAACGAAGGAAAUCCAGUCGCUGACCAAUCAAAAACCGGAACUCCACAAUCUCUGACCAAUCAGACGCCUUCCCUGUCCGCGUCGCCUGCGCGCGCUCCGGAACGGGACCCUCCGAGCUAUUAUGAGGCUGUUCAAGAACAGUGUCGACAGAUGGCGUCUCCUCGCUCUUCGGUGCCAGCGUCUCUUCAGGCUUUGCCAGAUCUCAAAACUGCAUAUGCUCAAAGCUCAUCUCGGUUUGCCGUCGACGCCGAGACACUUAAUCGCGCGAGGCAUCCACUCACGUGCCAAAUACCCGAGCACCCUCUUGACAUAAAAGUCGAAGAUGUUGCGACAAGCUGCAGGUUCCAAAGAUCUCCGCACCACAACGCGCAGACGUCUCCACAAGUGUCUUCCACAAAUAUGUUGUCCCCUCCACCGCAUUCUGUUUUCCCGAACGCAGCAAACAGUCCUCACGCUUCACCGCAAAGAUUCUACGGGUCGAUGGAAGUCCACACUCAAAACAUGCGGAGAAGUCCCCUGGCAGGAAUAGUCCCUUCCCCGAACAACACGCAGUUAUUGGGAGAUAUAAUCCAAUCUACCCAACCGCAAUGCGUCUUCUCUAAUGCAAUGGACAAUCUGCAUUUAUCAACUGCGUCUUCUCAGGGAAACUUUGCUCAGUCUCACUGUGGUAAAAACCACCGCCAAACUACCAACGGUUACGUCUCGCCGAAUUGUGUGCAGGACCAACGAACGUAUGGAGACUCCGAUUUACAAGCUUCUCGUAACUAUAUGGCCCAGCCCAAUUUGGACGUCUUUUCAUCAACCUUCCAGAAUCAGACAAUGCUUGCUCUGCCUCGUGCAACUCCGGUGUCUCUUCAGCAGUGUGGGUACUCACGUGCAGCCCAAGACAACUGUUCACAAAAGGCCGACAUGACGUGGACAUGUUUAUAACUCUUUAUACUCGAGAAACCUUAGAAGUAGGUGGUUAAUUCAAAAUUUAGUAGCAAGGGCCUACCUACCUUGGUAGUUAAACAUGUUUCACAUCAAAUGGUUUCUGUCUGGUUUUACUGUUUAAGACAAUCACAGCGUAAAUGAAUGCGAGUGCGAUGGUUAUCAUCUCACUGGAAAUAGGCUAUCCGUUUUCCACAUUUGCCUCAUGUUUUGAUUUUUUUCAAUACUCACAUAUGAAGAGGGCAUUAGAACUUUAAUCGAAACUCAAAACUCCAACUUUUUAAAUCUUUUUUUAGGGUUAUGCAUACAUAACAGUGAAAUGUUUCUACGUGUAGGCAUUGCCUCUAUUUAAUUUUUAUUUUCCCAUCCCCCAGAAAAAAAAUCAUAUCGGUUAGUAAGCAAGGCGCGUAGAGAGACGUGCUAACAGUAACACUUCACUCAGUUCACUGUGUGGUUUGUCUUCAAACCUUGCCAGCAUACGGAGUAUUUUCCGGGACCACGUGUUGUUUUACAACCAGGAUGUAAAUAAUAAGAUUUUUUUGUUAACAUUCCAGAACAGUAGAAAAGUGAGACACCGCACUGUAAAUAUUUCAUUGUUCUUUGUUUUCUUGUUGAUAGUGACUUAAAAAAAAAGGAUUCCUGUUCUCUUUAUAUUAUAUAAGUCAAAGACAAGAUUGUACUGUAAUUAAACUGCGGCGAAAUUGAAGUGUUUGGUAAUGAUUUGAUGACGUAAGUAGUCUACUGGUAUUAUAUUGAAUAUUAUAGUUAUGAACUAUCUGCAUUUCUGUUAAGGAAGUGAAGUGACUGUGAAGGCGGUUAUCAUCUUGUACAGACUUGUUUUAGUUUAUGCAUUUAUUAGGUUCAAGUGUUAAAUAUUGAGAUUGCGUUAGUUGUGACAGUGAUUGUGGUGCAGUGUUAGUCGUCUUCCAGGAGGCGGGGCGCCAUCAUGAGUCAUAUAUAUAUAUACACAAAUGAAAAUGUGCUGCCCUAAAAUGGUCAGGCUGUCUUAAUAAAGACGGUGUCUAUUUCCCCUUCCGUUUUAGGUGCUAACAAGCAGCAGUGUUUAUAAGGAAACUGUUUUAGUUCCAUCAGUAAACGUGACGCGGAAAGACAAGGCCGCAUAGGUAUUGAUCUCUAUAAAGAUAAAAUCGGGUAUACAUUGAGAUCUCCAUUAUUCCCGAAAAUAAUAAUAAUAAUAAUAAUAAUAAUAAUCCCAGUAAAAACUUAAUGCAUUUCAAUGAUUCUAUUAUUUUUUUCUUCUUAACCAAUACACAGAAUUGUAUAUGUGAAUUUUAUAUACUGGUAUAAAGCAAAAAUGUAUCUCCAGGAUGGCACCGAUCUAAUAGUAGUGAUAUUUUAUCAUGGCUUUGUUAUCUUUUUUAAUGAGUCAUCAAACUGUGGUCUGUUCCAUUAUGAAAAAAUUGUAAAUAUUAUAUAUGUAUGCUGUGUAAUAUUCUUUAUAAAUAAUUUGAAUUCUUAUAUGGCAAUAAACAGCUCAAUUUGCA